ACAUAGUGACAUGCAAAAGCUGCAGACACACUGGUUAUUUAGAUCAACGCUGAAAGUAGUUCAGGGUUCUGGGGAAAUGAAACUGAGGCAGUUGUAGCUGAGAGGUGAAAUGGCGCAGAAAGGAUUUCAGCUGGACCUUGAAACCUUCUCUUGUUCGAUCUGUUUGGAUCUACUAAAGGAUCCAGUGGCCAUUCCCUGUGGACACAGCUACUGCAUGAACUGUAUUAAAAACUAUUGGGAUAAAGAGGAUGGAAAGACGAACCACAGCUGCCCUCAGUGUAGGCAGGCCUUUACACCAAGGCCAAUCCUGGUGAAAAACACUAUGUUAGGAGCUUUAGUGGAGGAGCUGAAGAAGACUGCACUCCUAUCUGCUCCUGCUGAUCACUGCUAUGCUGGACCUGAAGACGAGGCAUGUGAUUUCUGCACUGGGAGAAAACUGAAAGCCCUUAAGUCCUGUCUGGUGUGUCUGGCCUCUUACUGUGAGAAACACCUCCAGCCUCAUUAUGAUUCACCCACAUUUGAGAAACACAAGCUGGUGGACCCCUCCAGGGGGCUUCAGGAGAACAUCUGCUCCCGGCAUGAUGAGGUGAUGAAGAUGUUCUGCCGUACUGAUCAGCAGUGUAUCUGUUAUCUCUGCUCUGUAGAUGAACAUAAAAGUCAUGACACAGUUUCAGCUGCAGGAGAAAGGACAGAGAAACACAGAGAACUCGAGGGGAGUCGACAAAACAUCCAGCAGAGAAUCCAGAACAGAGAGAAGGAGAUGAAGCUGCUUCAGCAGGAGGUGGAGGCUAUCAAUCGCUUUGCUGAUAAAGCAGUGGGGGAAUGUGAGAUCAUCUUCACUGGGCUCAUCCGUCUCAUGGAGAAAAGAAGCUCUGAUGUAAAGCAGCAGGUCAGAUCUCAGCAGGAAUCUGAAGUGAGUGAAGUUAAAGAGCUUCAGGAGAAGCUAGAGCAUGAAAUCGCUGAGCUGCAGAGGAACGACGCUGACCUGAAACAGCUCUCAAACACAGAGGAUCACAUUGAGUUUCUUCAUAAAUUCCCUUCAGUGUCACAACUCACCGAAUAUGCAGACUCAUCCAGCAUCAACAUCCGUCCCCUGCGUUACUUUGAAGAUGUGACAGCGGCUGUGGCAGAAGUCGGAGAUAAACUCCAAGACAUUUUAAGUUGACUUGGCUCUCCAACACCUUCUCUGCCAUGCUCAGGGGCUUGGAGACUCUGUGGAAUUUCAACUUGAGACUCAGGGGCCGGGGGACUGUUUUGGAUUUCAACAUGGCAGUCAAGGGCCUGGGGCCCUUUUGGGAUUUUAACACAACACUCUUCUGGAAGCCAUCAGCAGAUGCUGGAUUGAGAGAGACAAAAAAAAAAAGAAAAGAUAUUUACAUCCUCUGUUCAUCCGAUAGAUAAAUCAAACAUAUACUCAACAUUAUACUACAGAUACAAUAGAUUCAAAACACUAUGACGAAGGUUGCACAUUGUCAUUUUAUUAAAAUGUUGAGUCUUGGCUUCAUUAGUGGCUGGUGUUGUUUGGUUAGCAGGGUUGCUACUGUCGUAUGGAGAGGCCCUGAUUCCCACCUGACACCCGGAUACACUCUUCCUUGUGUCUUUCAUGCCAAGCUUUCAGUUUGCAGGUCCUGGAGCAGUAGAAGACCUUGUGGCAGCGGCUACAUGCGGUCAGCUUCACAGACACAGAGCGACCGCAGUGAUAGCAGAACUUAAAGGCAGGAUUCCUAAGAAAACAUUCACACAAGUACAGGCUCCUGAAAAACAUGUUUCCUUAACUAAAAAUGUAUUCUAGGAAGGGUGCUAAUGACAUUAGGAUACAAAUAAAUGGGACACAAAGGGAAUGAAUGUAUAUGUGAACAGGUACCUGUGUUUUAUUGUUGUUGGUGGUAUACUUUCACAGCUGGGGAGGGGCACGUUUGAUGAACCUGCCCAUUUGUACACAAACCUCUUUGUGCUACUGGUAACUGUAACAUAAAGACAGUACACAUACAUUAUGUUUUAAUUUUAAAAAAACACACAAAAUGGUUUCAAAAAACAUUGUACUGACUAUUCGUUGUAAGGUGUUGUUCUGUCUCUCUCUGGGCAGCAGUUUGUGUCAGCAGAUCUCCCAUCAUGCUUAGCAGCUGGCGCCGUGCUUUGAAUGUUUCCCUCUCCCGCAUGCUCAGAGCGUGGAAUGGAGUGUUGGCUAUACGCAAGUCCUAAAUGGUAACAGUCUUAUGUUAAAAGGAUUUUAAAAGAAAUGAAUUCUAAUCUUUCAGUGUCUCCCUCCAU